UCUAUGUAUAUGCACAAAUUGUUGGGAAUAAAGUGACGAAUGGAGUACGUAUCGGAAGUUUGGAACUGAAAAUAAAAAAUGCCACGGAUUCAUUAAUUAAUUUAAGACAAUAAAAGCCCAUGUGAAAAAAAGAAGAAAAAAGAGAAGAGAAAGCCUCGAGUCUCGACCCAGAUUGAUUAGCGACUAGCGAGUAUCGACGGCCGCCAUACGAAAUUCGUCCUCCAGUCCGGGGGGCCUGCCUGCCUGUAUCCUCUUCUGCAACUUCCUUCCUAUUCCUCUUCACGGUCGCCGGCGGCAACCUCCGAAUUCACCGGCUUCGUUAUUCGUCUGGCACUCCUACACCUAAUUUCUCGUAGCAGCGACGGUUCAUUAAUAACUUCAUUGCAGCUGCUCCUUACCUCAUCUGCAGCACGGUCUUCACUGAUACUACCGCCUCUCGAGUUCUGUAACUGCUGCUGCUCGAUUGCAUUUGCAGCCCAAGGGGGACGAAUUCUUCUGUAGCUGCUCCCAUCCAAGAGAGUUCAUGAAAGAUGAGUUCCUUCUCCAUUACACGCAAGAAGACCCCCUUCCAGAAACAUAGAGAGGAAGAGGAGGCAAAGAAAAAGAGGGCUGAGGAUGAAACGGCUCGAUUAUAUGCAGAGUUCGUGGAGUCAUUCCAAGGGGAUACAGCUCCUGGCUCAAAGACUUUUGUCAGGGGUGGUCUGAUCAAUCCCAACGACAAAGUGAAGGAUGAAUCUCAAGGUGAAAAGUCCAAAGAUGGGGUAUCUGUUCCAAAGAAGGGAAGUAGGUAAAUUGAUGCUUUUGAUUGCUCAACCAUGUUGAGGUGCUAUUGGAAGAGAAUUAUGCUAGAGCUCUGUGCAGUGAUUGGAUUAUUCAUGUAGCUAGUCUUUAGGAUGUAUAAACUAAGGAUUUGAUGGCUUCUGAAUCUUUGCACUCAGUGAUUCUAAUCGUCUAGGUUUCGUUGAUUUGUAUAAUGUAAUCAAUACUUGACUUAAGGAUGACACGUUGCCUUCUUUUGUUACAUGAUUGUGACAGUCCGUUUGUCCUUGUCAGUCAUAUCGUGUGCAGCAGGUCUUACUUGGGUAGUUGAGUCAAUACUAUGCACACUUGAAAUUUCACCUGUGCAUCUUCAAGGGUAUUAUUGUGUCUGUCAAGAUUUGACAUUCAACAUAAAGUUCAGCAUGAGCAUAUCAUUUGACAUACUGACAUGUACUAAGUCUACCCGGGCACGUUCGUAUGUGUCCUAUAGCUUUGAAGUUUAUCCUUCAUAUCACCUCUGCAGGUAUGUCCCAUCCUUUUUACCACCUCCCAUGGCAUCCAAGGGAAAGGAAUCUGAGAAAAAGAGGGAGGAGGAGAGGUCAAAGGACAGGGAAAAAGGGAAGACCAGAAAUAUUGAUCAUUUUAUGGAAGAGCUGAAGCAUGAACAUGAAUUGAGGGAGAAAAGGAAUCAGGAACGUGAGCGUUGGCGUGAUGGACAUCCUAGUGAGAUUUCUCUAUCUAGUAGUCGGUUCGAUGAGCUUCCUGAUGACUUUGAUGGAAGGCUUCCAGGAUCGUUUGAUGAUGGUGAUCCACAAACAACGAAUCUUUAUGUGGGGAAUCUUGCGCCUCAGGUUGAUGAAAAUUUUCUAUUGCGCACUUUUGGAAGAUUUGGGCCUAUUGCUAGUGUAAAGAUAAUGUGGCCUAGAACAGAUGAGGAGCGCAGGCGACAAAGAAAUUGUGGAUUUGUAGCAUUCAUGAACAGAGCUGAUGCGCAAGCAGCGAAAGAUGAAAUGCAAGGAGUAGUCGUUUACGAGUAUGAGGUUAAAAUUGGAUGGGGUAAAUCUGUGGCUCUUCCUUCUCAGGCUCUGCCUGCUCCUCCUCCAGGUCACAUGGCCAUCAGGAGCAAGGAGGGUGCCACUGUUAUUCUCUCUGGUCCAUCUGGUCCGUCUGGUGCACCUGUUUCCUCCGUUCCAAAUCAGAACUCUGAACUGGUCCUUACUCCAAAUGUUCCUGAUAUAACAGUUGUUCCACCUGAUGAUGGUCACCUGCAUCAUGUGAUUGAUACAAUGGCUCUAAAUGUGCUAGAUGGAGGAUGUGCUUUUGAACAAGCUAUCAUGGAAAGGGGUCGUGGGAAUUCCCUAUUCAAUUUCCUCUUCGAGCUUGGCUCAAAGGAGCACACAUACUAUGUCUGGCGGCUUUAUUCAUUUGCCCAGGGCGACACUCUUCAACGGUGGAGAACAGAGCCCUUUAUCAUGAUAACUGGCAGUGGAAGAUGGAUACCACCACCGCUGCCAACUAUUAAAAGUCCAGAGCAUGAAAAGGAUGCUGGCACUACCUAUGCUGCAGGGAAAAGCAGGCGGCUUGAUCCAGAACGAACCCUUACUGAUCCACAGAGGGAUGAAUUUGAGGAUAGGCUACGUGCUUUGACACUAGAAAGAAGUCAGAUAAAGGAUGCCAUGGGUUUUGCCUUGGACAAUGCUGAUGCUGCUGGAGAGAUAGUGGAGGUCCUGACAGAAUCAUUGACCCUCAAGGAAACUCCUAUUCCUACUAAAGUUGCAAGACUCAUGCUUGUAUCUGACGUCCUUCACAAUAGUAGUGCUCCUGUAAAGAAUGCUUCUGCAUACCGAACCAAGUUUGAAGCUAGUCUCCCUGAUAUAAUGGAGAGCUUUAAUGACUUGUACUGCAGCAUAACUGGAAGGAUCACCGCUGAAGCCCUCAAGGAGCGAGUCCUUAAAGUCUUACAAGUAUGGUCUGAUUGGUUCCUGUUCUCUGAUGCAUAUGUCAAUGGACUUCGAGCAACAUUCCUUCGCUCCAGGAACUCUGGUGUGGUCUCUUUCCAUUCAUUAUGUGGUGAUGCUCCAGAAAUAGAGAAGAAGAGUGGUGGCUCAGAUGAAGCUGGUGGUAAUGGGUCCAAGGACACCAACCAAGAUGCUGCACUGGCAAUUGGGAAAGGAGCAGCAACAAGGGAGUUGAUGAGUCUUCCACUUGCUGAGCUGGAAAGGCGUUGCAGACAUAAUGGCUUAUCACUUGUUGGUGGUAGAGAGAUUAUGGUUGCACGAUUACUGACCUUGGAAGAGGCAGAAAGGCAGAGGGGUUAUGAGUUGGACGAUGACUUGAAGUUAUCUAAAAAAAGUCAGUUUUCAACCUCUGGGACUGGUAGUAGGGUUACAACAAGUGGCAGUUACAAAGAAACUGGUUUCAUCGACCCUCCUCAACCCACUGGGGGAUUCUCUGGAAGUGACUCUACACCUUUGGGUUCAACACUUGUAAUUCAUCAAUCUGCUUCCCUAAAACCCUUCACAAAGAUAGAUAAGACAGAUCCUAUUUUACCUGCAUCUAAAUGGGCUCGUGAUGAUGAUGAUGCAAGUGAUGAUGAACAGAAGAGAAAUUCUACUAAGGGGAUUGGGUUAAGUUACUCAUCUUCUGGAAGUGAAAAUGCGGGUGAUGAUCCAGGCAGGGGUGAUGAUGUGGAGUUUGCGAUUGAUGGAAUCGUUUCAGGACAACCUGACAGUGGUAUAAAUGAAGAACAGAGACAGAAGUUGAGGCGUUUGGAGGUUGCUUUGAUAGAAUAUCGUGAAUCCCUCGAGGAAGGAGAAACAAAGAGUUCAGAGGAAAUUGAGAGAAAGGUAGCAAUCCAACGGAAGAGGCUGGAAGCUGAAUAUGGCCUGUUGAGUAGGAAUGAUGCAACUGAGAACACAGAGAAAGGACCUUUGGAAAGGAGGGAGAGACGGGAGGGCAGUACCAGCAACAACGAAUUGUCAUCAAGAAAACGACAGAGGAGCCAAAGUGAAAGUAUGAGCCCUCGUCGGAGACCGCCUUCAGGAAGAGAGAAUGAGUUGGAGCGAGAGCGUGAAAGGCACCACAGGACGGACAGAGAUAGGGAUAAUAGAGGUGGUCACGAGGCAGAGAACGAAAGGAGGAGUCGGCGCGAGAAUAGUGGGAGCAAAGAACGCGAUGAUCAUGACAGAGAUAACAGAAACAGCAGCAGAGACAGGGACAGAGAGAGGAGACGAUUAAAAUAGUAGACUAGUAGUGAUCUUUCUAUUUAUCAUUUAUGCUCAGUCUAAAGUUGCAGAAUGGGGGAAAAGUGAUUGUCGUUCGUUUCAUAAAUGGUAGUGGAAAAUGGCUGCUUGUUAAUGCCACCAUGAAAAUGCAAAUCAGAGAUGUGAUUUUGUUCUUUCAUGAAGUACAAAUUAAUUGAGUGACACAGAUGGUAUUGGUAUCAUUCUAUCUUAGACAGUGAAGUUGGUCUCUGCUUAUUGAUUGAAUAUGGUC